AGGAACAUACUGUUUGGAGCUGAUCUCGCACAGCGUCCCUCCCCACAGGCAGCUCCCAGGUGAGCAGCUCAGGUGUUCAGCCAUCGGCAGUCUCCGAGAGGAAUCAGAGCAAGUCACAGCCACCUGAGAGGUGCCAGCAACAAACACGUCUCGAGGAAUAUCACAUCAGAUUUCACAAUGAGCUGCUUUUCAUUCCUAAAAACCAUGAUGUUCAUAUUCAACGCCAUUAUCUUCCUUGGGGGAGCAGCUGUGCUGGGAAUAGGAAUAUGGGUGAAGGUGGAUGGAGGAUCUUUCCUAAAAAUCCUUGGCUCAGCAGCACCACAGCUCAUGCAAGUGGUAAAUGUGGGUUAUCUGUGUAUGGCUGUUGGAGGUUUCCUAAUACUUAUGGGGUUUCUUGGCUGCUGUGGAGCUGUGAAAGAAAGCAGGUGCAUGCUAAUGAUAUUUUUCAUCAUCAUCCUCCUUAUUUUCAUUGCGGAGAUUGCAGGAGCUGUAGUAGUUUUGGCAUUCUCUUCUUUGUCCAAGAUCUUCAUUGAGUUCCUCGGUAACAAGGCGGUGAAAUAUCUCCGUGAUGAUUAUGGAGGUGCCAAUGAGCUGACGACAGUGUGGAAUGCGACCAUGAAAGAGCUCAAAUGUUGCGGAUUUUAUGGUUAUGAAGAUUUCAACAACUCCACCUACUACCGAGAUCACCGGGAGUACCCUCCAGUGUGCUGCUCCUACGUCAGCCCCUGCCAGAGUAACAAUAUCAGUUCAGAGGUCAAGGGGUGCUUUAAAGCAUUUGAACACUUCCUGUCCCAAAAUGGAAAAAUUGUAGGAGGUGUCGCCCUGGGAAUCUGUGCUCUGGAGCUUGCAGCCAUGAUUGUUGCUCUUGUGCUAUUUUGCCAGAUUGGUAAUAAAUAGACGUACCUGGUGCUCCCCUCCUCUGAAGCAUUUCAUAGUGGUGAUGAGUGUGACUACAUGGGUGUGAACCUGUAUUACUUAUAUGUGCAAACCUAUUGUCACUACUUUUCCCUCAUAAUCCUUUGUACUUGGCAUGAACGGAACGUACCACAACUCGGCAGUGUCGCCCAGCGCCCGCUGUUCUGGUAUGGUAGGCAUGAUGUUUAGCUAUUAUAUACACAAAGUCUAUUUUCUUAACUUCUUAAUCAUCAUCCUCAUCAGCGAUGUCCGCUUCUUAAUGUAGUAUGUCAGUAGUACAUAUAAAUGUUGUACAUACAUAGAGGACGCAAUAAUAAUAUGUACGUUCCUAGAAAUAAAACUGGUUUAAAUUGUU